AUGCAGUGCGGCAGGACAGGGUCGCUGCUCGUCCUCUUGUCGCUGCUCGCGGGCGUACUCUUUGUGGCCUCCUCCGCCUCCUCCUUCGCCAUUGACAAUAUUCGGGACCUGAAGGGUCUCAACGCCACCAGCCCUGACGCGGAGAACUGGUGCAUUGGCGCCAACGGCAUCGUGCUGUGCGGCUCGUUGCGUGUGGCGGGCGCCAUCGACUACCUCGCGUGGAACGGCAUGCAGUUCAUCAACGCCGCCGACCACGGGCGCGAGCUGCAAUACGCCAUCAGCAACCAGUACGGCGAGUGUUACAACCCGACCGAGGCCGGCUCUAUGAACGACGGCGCUGGGCCGACGACAUCGUCGGUACUGCUCGGCGCCAACACCAACGGCAACAUCUACCGCACAGUCAGCAAGCCCGCGUUCUGGAUCGCACCGGGCCAGCGGGACCCGAACGGCGGCUGCAUCGGAGUGAAUCCGACGGUGGUGAGCAGGUUCAUCACGUCCAAGCAGGUGAACAUCGGAGCCUACGGCCAGUGGAACGCCAUCCAGUAUCUGCUCUCCUCCUAUGUCCCUGAGCCUCAAUCCUUCAUCCAGUAUGAGGCCCCGACGGGCUACAUGCCGCCGAGCUUCAACACGUUCUUCAUCAUCAAUCUGGACUCGGGCCAGCUCAUGCGAGUGGGUCCCAACACUGCUGAGACGACCGAGCCAGUCAUCAUCUCCACGGCCGACGGAACCCAUGCCAUGGGCGCCUACCUGGCACGCGCGCCUCAAUCCACCUAUGCGCACUACGCGCGCUUCUACUUUGCGGGCUACACGGCCAAGUGGAGCGUGGUCUACCGUCAGUGGGGCGCUGGCGUGGGCACACUGAGCUUUCAGAGCAUCAUCUGCGUGGGCUCCCUGGCUGAAGUGCAGGGCUGCAUGGUCAAUGUGGCGCGCCAGUCAGGCUACAUCCACUGCACGCAUCCUGGCUGCUGA